AUGGCAGCCAUGAAAGUGGUGGUGACCUCAACUGAUGUUAUUAUACCUGCAGUGCCGACACCCACCCAUCUUCGCCGCCUCAACCGUUCCUUCCUCGAUCAACUCACUCCUCAAUUCUACAUGCCCUUCAUUUACUUUUACAGGCCACCACCUACGGCCAACACCACCGCCACCGCCGCUUCCGUCCGGCAAAAUAUCGACUCUCUCAAGAAAUCCCUCUCCGAUAUACUCCCCAUAUACUACCCCCUUGCUGGACGCGCCACCGACCCUCUAUUCAUCGACUGCAACGACGCCGGCGUCCACUUCUCCGAAUCCACAGUCGACAUUCGCCUCUCAGAUUUCAUCGACAACAAAAUCGCCGAUCAGUUGAAUCUCCUGCUCCCGUUCCCGGACAUGGGAAUCGUCGACGACGACCGAAUCUUAGCAAUCCAGGCCAACGUUUUCCAGUGCGGCGGCUUGGCCCUUGGAAUCUGCUGCUCACACAAAAUAGCCGACGCCCUUUCCAUUAUCACUUUCGUUAAUUCCUGGGCCAACAGCAGUCGCGGUGGUGGCGUAACGCCGGCGCCACCCAAUUUCGAUGCUGCAUCGAUCUUCCCGCCUCAGGACAUGUCUAAACUGCUCGCGAUAAGCAAGGGCGAUUGCGAUGAUCCUAAUCAACCCGGUAUUGAGGCUCCGGCCGAAAGAACAGCCCUGAAAAUUGUGACAAAAGUCGUCACCUUUACUGGUUCAGCCUUGUCUCAUCUCCGAGAUAAGUACACUAAACCGGAGCUCCGGCCAAGCUUAAUUGAAUCGAUUUCCGCCUUCAUGUGGAUCCUGUUCUUAAAAUUCCAGGAGAACCCCCCCACCCGUGAAGGAACUAAAUACGUUGUGACCCAGGGAGUGAAUCUGAGGGUACGGGCCGAUCCGCCGAUGCCCGAUAAUCUGUUCGGCAAUAUAAGCCGGUUCUCACUUGCAUUUCCGGAGAUAGACGUUGAACCGGAGGAGAUUGUGUACAGGUUGGUGAGCAGUAUGAGGAAUGGAAUAAAGAAGAUUGACGGGGAUUAUGUGAAAAGGCUGCAGAGAGGUGACAUGGAUUUGGUAGUUAAGGAAAUCGGAGAGCUGAUCGGAGGUGAAGUGGUUCCGUUCGGGUUUAGCAGCUUGAACCGGUUCCCGAUCUACGAUGCUGACUUUGGGUGGGGUAGACCGGUUUGGGCAAGUUCGGUUCAUGUGCCUUUCAAGAAUGUGGUCGGUUAUUUUCCAACGGAGUCGGGUGAUGGAGUUGAAGCUUGGAUUAACCUGGAGGAAGAAGAUAUGCACAAGCUUGAAGCCGAUCAAGACUUUGUUUACGUUUGUAGAUUUGUGUUGCUGUCAAAUAUAAUGUCUUCUCAUGUUUCCUUAUUCUCGAGUUCAUCCUUGAGUUCCUUUCUCGCCAAAUAUGGCAGGCUAGCCAUUUUCAUGCUUCUGGCAAAUUUCUUCCAUAGCUCCGAUGUAAAAGGACAACAACCAAAUAAGUGA